AUGGGUGGUUGGUUAGCGACAGUUGACAAGAAAAAGACUCACCAAGAAAUACGAAAACUAAUCCGUGCGCAAGCCGACAAUAAGGUUUGCAAUAACUACGGAUUUUGGAUUGGUCUACAUGAUGCUAGUAAUCCAAAAACAUCCAGACAUAAGGGCCAACCUGACAAGUUUUCGUGGGUGCACGAACAGUGCCACGAUUUCCAGGUCUGGGAAACAAAUCAACCCAAUGACAACGAUAAACAGGACAGUAAUGGUCAGAAUUGCGUUCAGUUGUGGUACAGACCAUCGAAAAAAGGUAACUUCGAUGAUGAAUACUGUGGAGAACCUAAAGGAUACGUCUGUCAGUUUGAAGAAGUAUGCCCUUGUAUCAAUCAAGGUUUGGAGUAAGACGUGGUCGGCGGAAAAUAAUCUUGCGAUAGACGUGCUUUUAAUCAGACCAACUCAAACCCAUUAACCUGUUACGGCUAUGCCAAUAGUACGGGGUAAAUAAAACAGCAUUUGCCCAAGAUACGAUACAUGAUUACG